AUGGCAACAGAAGAUACAGUCCACCUCUCCUCACCCCACGCCCCGCACCAAGCCUCCAUCGACGCCUUCUCCUCCGUCCUCGAGGAAGUAAAAGCCGAACUCAUCAAACUCCGUCAUGACCAUGAUAAACACGAACCCGAAUACUUCGCCCGCGUCACUCACCUCUCCUCCCCCCAACUCACUUCCUUCACGCCCUCGGACCUAGUCCUCGUUCGCGCCGCCACCUCGGCCUACGGCAUCCAUCUCUUCUGCAAAGUGCGGCUCCCGGCGCUCGACAACGGCUACAUCCACGUGCGGAUCUUUGGUGCUGCGAAAGAAGGAACAGACGGGAGUAGUCCAGAUGAGCGCGUGUACAGUUUGCAUAGUAUACAUACGGAGGAGGUGGUGAAGGAGGAUGGUGAUAGGUUGUAUCGGGCGGUGUUUGGGGAGGAGGAUGGGUUGGAGUGGUUUGAUACGUAA